UGGUCAAAUAAUAUUUUGCACCUCAAAAACUGCCCGUCCUGCGUUCAUCUUGAGGUGUUACGCAUGUCUGACCCUUAUGUCAUCCAGAAAUGCGUGGUGCAGUCCAUCUCAACUUGUUUUUCGUACGGCAACGAAGUAAUUGACGGCCUGACAAUAGACAAGUAUGGCCUGGUGUUUCAAGGCUCUGAGGCUGUAUCCAUGUUCGUGUGUCCUUCAUGCCGUACAUCGCUGGCGCAGCGAAAACUACCCGCCUUUGCACUUGCCAAUCGCUUGUAUCGUGGAGUCCUUUCCGAGAUAUUUCAGGAUCUCACUUGGCUGGAGGAGAAAUCCUCUGAUCCAUCUCAGCCUAAAGUGUUUCAUGGCAACACAUGUGCACAUGACAUGAAUGUGAUGUCCACUGCUUCUGUCUUGCCACGCACUCCUGCAGACAUUAAUGGCUUCUUGAGUGUCGUGUUCAUCGGACCCGACGCGUUUGAUCCCAAUCGCAUGGGGCAACAUGGAAGAGCAACUACAAAUCACGACGACUUGGCGUGUGAAAGACUGUCAGGCAGAGUCAGGGACUGGCGGCUCGCCGCCGCUACGAUUGUUUAAGACGAAUAUCUCGUCGUCGUGCUAUUCUGAGGUAGCGACAGUGAUACGGAGUCCGAGAAACAUCGCUUCGUGGGAACCAUGAGGUGACAGCUGCCUUGUCAAUCUUUAUGUCUCAGUCCCUAGCGAUUGGCCCAUCAAACCGAGAGCCAAGUUUAUUAUUCUCAGGAAGCUUCUUCAGCUGGUUUGACUAUUCUUGAUAGUAUCCAGUGUUGGAUGACAAUCUACUAGAG